CAAAACAUUGCCGCCGACAAAAGCGUUUUUAGUGAAUUUUCUGGUUGGUCUUUUGUACAUGUGUGUGUUUUAUUUAACGUCAAUUAGCAGAUAGUUUGGAAUUAUUAUUUUUAAGAAAUAGGGAAAGAUUGUCGCAUUCUAAAAUGUAAACAUUUAUUCAUACUUUCAUUUUUCAAAAAAAAUCUGAAACUUGCAAGAUGGCAUUAGAUGAAAAGGAUGAACUUGAAAUACAGGCAAAAUCAGUAGAACCUGAUUCAAAGGUUGAGAAUGAACAAGACAGUAGUAGCACUGAAUCAAAUAAACCAACAACUGAAAACAAUGGUGACCAUCAACAAAAUACUGAAAGCAAAGAUGAUGAUGACAAUAAAGAGCCAGCUAAAAUGGAUGAAGAGGUGAAACCAGAUGCAAACACAACAGAAAAUGAUGCAGAACCAACAGUUGUAGAGGAAGCAAAAGAAGAACAAAAACCAGAUAAUGAUGACUGGAAGAUAGUGUCUAGUGAUGAUGAUGAAGAUGUGGAAUCUGCAGCAAAAAAAAAGAAGGGGAUAUGGGAACCUCCUUUAGAUGUGAUUGUGAAACUGUAUGAGGAGCUAGACAAGAAGGGUGUACUGGAACUGAAAUGGAAGUGCCCUGGUAGAAAAGAUCUUGAGGAAGAGAGGCGAGAACAAGAGAGGGCCAAAGAAGUGGUCACAGAAACACCAGUAGUCCCUGAGGAAAAAGAAGAAGAACCAACUGAAUUUGAUGAUUUUGAAGAAGAAACAACACUGGUGAAGAUAACACCUCGCAGGACAACUGGAAGUGGUGGGGCCCAAGGCAGUGGUCGCAAGCGAACAGCGAAGAUGGAAAGCAUUUUGGGUAACAUGAUACGACAUCAGAAAAUCGAUAAAGAAAUGGAGAAGGGAGAGAAAGAUACGGAAAUCGAUCCAAUGCCAAAAUCUGAUAUAACUCCUCGACGGCCUGGAAAAGUUCAUAUCAGGAAUAACAUCGACAGUUGACAAGAUUUUAUGGAAAUAUUUUUUUGUGUCUUUAACCAAGUUGCAAAUCAUGUUUACAUUUUCUAAGAGCUUAACUUAUUUGGUGUAGUCACUACUAGGGCCUCACAAGAGAAAAUGUAUUGAACAGAUAUAUAUGGCAAAGAUGAACCAUAGUUGCCAGAUAUGUGUGGUGGGGAUACAAUUUGUGUUUGCUUCAAGGCCAUACUUAAAGUUGCAGGGCCAUAUAUCAUGUACUGUACUAGGAAUUGGAGACACAUUUAGUGGUUGCUCCAGAGCUGCAUUUGUGGUUGCGUCUGGGGCACAUUUUGUAGUUGCACCAUUACUGCAUUUUAUGCUUUUGGAUGUUGUUCCAGAGCCACAUUCUUGUAGUUGCAAUGCCUGAGGGAAACAUUUUGUGGUCACCUACAUGGACACAUGUUGUGGCUUACUUUAUGGACACAUUUUGCAGUUGGCUAGGAUCAAAAUUACAUGUACCCUUUGGGAUAAAAUGUGUUUUUGUAAAAAUUGUAAAAUAUAUUGUGUAGUAGAAGCUGUAUACCUUGUUGGGAUAUCAAAAUUAGGUCUAUGCUCUUGUUUCUCGAACUUCUUUUACAUCUAAAAAUGUGCUAAAUUUAAUCCCUACAUUUUAUAAUUUUUCUAUUACGUAUGCAAUUUAUCUCAACAAUUAAUACCAUUUAUAAUAAUUAACACUCUGCCCGCCAAACAGGGAGAUCUCCGUGUUUGGUAACACAACGCCUGACAGCGAAACAUGGAGAUCUCCGUGUUUCAGGUUUUUUAAAGGAAUCCAAUAUAUGGAGUAAUUACCGACAUUUACUAACAAUUUGAACAAUAUAUUCAGUCUUGACUGUAAAUAUUUCACUAUUUGUUUGUUUACAUUAGCGUAGAGCGGUAUUGAUUUACUUUCACGAAAUCGCGAUUAUCUCAGCUUUGUGUGCGAAAUUGUGUAAAUCUCCCAAAGUGAGUCAUUUUCAUUUUACUGUUACGGGUCACGGAUUGUGAUAAAAUAAUAAAGUGUUUGGUACCAUUGUACCAUACGCACUCUCAACAAGCUUUGGAAAAGUGUUAAAAUUUGCUAAAAAGUCUGGCUGUGGCUGAUACUAUUUUUUCAAACCCCUGGCGGUCAGAGUUUUAAGAAUAACUCUGAAUUUUAAAGUUUAUAAAUGUAAUUAACUAUAAUUUCAAAUUAGGAUUUAGUAAGCUAGUAGUUGGCCUAUAUAUGGAUUAUACAUGUCAUCUAUUGUACAACAGGAGCUUUUAGUUUUAAAAUAUAGUUAACUUGUCAAACACUAGAAAUGCGUUUUUUAGACUUGCUAAUAGUAAUGCAGCACAUACAGGAUAUGUGUAGCACACAAUGUGUGUGCACCAAGUUAACCUGAGUACAGUAUUACACAUAACGAGAACUUCCCAGAUUACAAUGUAUUCUAAUUAUUCUUCAUAAAGUGUGAAGUGCCUAGCUUCACACUUUAUGAAGAAAUCUUGAAGCUAGCGGUACAAGCUUCAAGAUUUCUUUAUUGUCAGAAUGCCAUUAAGUUUACAUUCUGUGAUUUUUUUGGGUGUAUCGGACUCCUCGUCAGGAAAAUUUCUGGCGUUGUUUUUUAAAUACUAAGUACGCAAGUGGAUUAUUUUAAUGCUCGGAAAGGUUCUAGAGGUAGGGUAGGAGAUCCUGGGAUACAAUUUUGUUUAUCCUCCACCAUUCCCCAAGCUACUGCAUUCCCUCAUUUUUACAACCUUUCAUAGUUGAUGUUGAAAAACCAAGGCAUAUAAUAGGAAGACUUGUAGGCCUAUAAAAGAGAAUGGGUGGGCUGACAUUAAAACAAAUUGGAAGUGUACACAAUUACGUCGGCCCGCCGCUAGCCUCAACAGAUUGGAACUGGCCACCAGCUGGAAAAGUUUGAAUACCCGGGUGAUAAACAGUACACAAAGGUUUGAUAUACAUUGUACAAUAAACAGUGGCUGUUGUGUCAGGGAGAAAAUCACAAUUCGUUGGAGAGAACAAAUAUUGUUUUUUUCUAGAUAUUUAGUAGAUUCUAAAAUCAAUUAAAUAAGCCUUUAAAACCCCUAAAUUGUCAUAUUUUUCCGGGGGCAGCCUGGGAACACUUUGUUUAUAUUUUGAGUGACACCCGACCAUGUCCACUUUGCUUUUGUGAGGACAUCGCGCCCCCUCCCCUGCCCGUCCGUCGAAGACAUCUGACCUCUCCCCCACCCUUAUGGGUGAAUGCUGGCACCACCCAUGCCGUAUGAUAAAAUAAUGUUAAUGUAAAAAAGGUGAUGUUAAAAAUGACCAGUAAAAAUCUAUAUUAAAAAGGGAUGUUAAAAUGUCAAGAAGCAAUAGAUGCUGAAAUAUUUUGUUAAAGUGACAUGUAAUUAUUAAAUUGUCUUGCAAAGUUAUCAUUGAAUAAAUUGCGAGACGUCACAUAGGCUGCAUGAAUAAAAUCUGAAUCGAUUUA